CAUUUAAAAUGAUCCUUCAGCUGGGGCUAAUCAUUCAGGUUUCUCUGGGAUUUGCCCAGGAAAUCGGCUCCCUGCGAAUUAUGAAUGGCACUGCCGCCAAGGAAAAACAGUUGCCCUACCAGGUGGGAUUGCUCUGCUACUUCGAAGGCUCUAUGGAAGAGCCCAAUUUGUGUGGAGGCACUAUCAUUAGCGAACACUGGAUUGUAACCGCAGCCCAUUGUCUUCAGGAUCCCAAUUCGAAGCUGUCCAAAGUACUAGUCCACGUGGGAAGCCUUGAAUAUUUCCCUGAUGAAGAAAUCGUGGUUAACAAGAGCCACACCAUCGUACAUUGGAAAUUCGAUCGAAAUAAGGUGACCAACGACAUUGCUCUGAUCAGACUGCCCAAUAAGCUUACUUUCAAUAAGAAUAUACAACCCGCCAAGUUGCCCAGCUCUAAGAGAACCUAUACAGGUCGCAUGGCCAUAGUUUCCGGAUGGGGUUUGACCACCAAACACCAGCCCAGCAAAGUCCUUCAGUACAUCCGGGCGCCCAUCAUCUCGAACAAGGAGUGCGAGAGGCAGUGGAACAAGCAACUAAAAGGCAAAGGCAGGAAAGUCGUGCCCAGCUCCUUCAUUUGCAUCGACUCCAAGGCGGGUCUGCCUUGUCGAGGCGAUUCUGGAGGUCCAAUGGUCCUGGACGAUGGCUCCAAGACGCUGGUGGGGAUUGUGUCCCACGGGUUCGAUGGCGAAUGUAAGCUGAAGUUACCAGAUAUAUCCACACGCGUGUCGUCCUUCCUUAAGUGGAUAAAAUAUUACACUGGGGGUCUUACAUAACAAAUCUGGAACCAUUAAAAAACGAAUCUGUUUUCAAACGUGUGCUUUAUUCUUAUUACUUCAUACAAACUCCCAUACACUUUCCCGUUCUCCGUUCCAUUUUCAUAAUAUUCUCUUGUGGCUUUGCUAGAUUUGUUAUCAUUUCUUUAUGUUGUUCUCGAUUUGUAUGUUAUUUGUGACUUUGACGGUGUUGCAUGUCGUUUAAACAAUUUGUUUAUGAUAAUGUUUAGAUGUUCUCGUUUGUGGGCUUUGUUUACGUGUGAGUGUGUGGUUAAUGUUGCUGAUUAUUUGCAAUUCUUUCGUUUUUAUUUACCUUAUUUGUUCUCGCUAUUUCGUAAAUGCAGUUCUCAAAAUGUACAAAAACCUAA